CAGAGGGCAGAGGUCACCAUCAUUAAUAUCCAAGAUGGCGGACGCCGGAUAGAAAAAUCCCAGACGUCGAGAAAUUUCGCACUAAUUUUUUUACGGAGUCGUACUUUUCUGACAUUUUCUUUGACUUUGGAACACAUAGAGUAAUCCCGCGUGGUGUUGUGGCGCUGUUUAGAUGGCUCUAUGAACCAUCGGACGCAGGACGUCGCCAGAAAACGUAAGCGCUCGCCUGUAGCAGUGACGGACAGAGACGGCAGCAGCAUGACUGUUUUGCGCCAUCCUUUGAACAAUGGAGCGAGCUCGCUCGACGGACAAAGCGGAGCUCCCAGCGCCGAAGCAGGGCACGUCAGCGGGGAAGGGGCGGUGAAGAAGAUACGGGGUUCCGCAGAACUAUCCGCAGAAGCGGCUGGAGGCACUGAUGUGGAUGUCCAGCCUAUUGUCCCGAUGUGGUCACAAGAUGGGAAAACAGUGACCAUCACGCUGCCCAUCUGCAAUGUCAGGUCAUCGGACGUGAACCUGACCGUUGAUGGACAGGACGUUAACUUAAAUUUGCCAGAUGGGAGAUCGUGGAGUUGCAGCCUGCAUGCUGCAGUAGAAGCUACUGACCCCAUGGUCAUCUGUACAGACGAACUCAUGUCCAUCACCUUCAACAAGGAGGAGAAGUACAAGAAGUGGCCAGCCUUAACAGCAAAGGACCCUCCACCACCAGAGGCAGCAUCUAACCAUGUAGGAGAGAACCAUGCUGCAGAAACUAUGGAGGUGUCAGAUGGGAGAAACCAUGUUGCAGAGGGGGGUAGGGACAGCCCUACCAAGCUAGGUGUUGAGGAAUCAGAAGCCAAGGAGGUCCGCAAGGACACACUGGACAUCCAGUUCUCUGACCAGGCGCUGACCGUCAACUUCCAGACCGGUGAUAACAAGUUCCUGGCCCUGCACGAGGGGUCGACGACCCAGACCAUCUUCUGUUGGAGUAUCAGGCUGUUCUAUCGUAUAGUUCCGGACGAGUGCGUGUAUCGUGUGGGACAGUCGACGCUGGACAUCACGCUAAAGAAGGCAGACCAGCGGAGGUGGACGAGACUGGAAGCCUUGUCUAACACAAGUUCAGGCCCGUCAGCCAGUGGUGUGUCUAACUGGAAGCCCCUGUCAGCUGCUGGGUCUGUGUCUCAGGAACCUGUCCGUCAGCCUGCUGCCACCAAGAAACCACCCCCACCACCGCCUGCACCACCGCCUACUAAACUCAGCCAGAAGCCGACCUGCCUGGUCCCCCCGGUGACCCACGGUUCCUGGGGUGCAGCCGGAGACGUGGAGAAGACGUGUGAACCCGGCUUCACCGGCCUGGACAACCUGGGCAACACAUGCUUCAUGAACGCAACCUUACAGGCGCUGGCCAACACCAGGGAGCUCAGGGACUUCUGUCAGAGUAAUAAAUUCAAGGAGGAUUUGAACACAGAAAAUGUGCUGGGUUCGGGAGGGAAGCUCGCCAUCGCUUUUGCCUGCGUGCUGCGUACGCUGUGGUCGGGCACGCGGACGUCGUACGCUCCCUCUCGUCUCAAGAGCAUCAUCGCCACCAAAGCGCACCAGUUCACAGGGUUCGCCCAGCACGACGCUCAGGAGUUCCUCGCGUUCCUAUUGGAUGGACUACACGAGGAUCUGAACCGUAUCCAGGACAAACCGUACACCACGACGGUCGAGUCCGACGGACGACCGGACGCUGAAGUCGCAGACGAAGCGUGGCGCAUAUACAUGAAGAGAAACGACUCUUUCAUGGUUGAUCUCUUCCAAGGGCAGUUCAAGUCAACCCUGGUGUGCCCCGUGUGCUCGAAAGUCUCCGUAACCUUUGACCCUUUCGCCUACCUCUCCGUCCCGUUACCCAAAAAGCAGAGAACGAUAUCCGUGUACUUCCAGUCGCGAAACCCGGCGAACAAACCGGUGUUGUUUUCGGUGCCGCUGGCGGUCGAUGCCGCCGUGGAAGACUUGAAGUUGGCCAUUGGGAGGAGGACGGAGACGAAAGCGCAGAACCUACGCGUGUUCGAGGUUUACAAGAGCGGGAUCCACUUCUGGUACAACCGUGGCGACACCCUGAGUAACGUCCAGGCUAACGAUCACAUCAUGGUGUGUGAGGUGCUCGAUCAACAACAGACAGGAGAGGCUGUGUACGAGGUUGCUGUUCUCCAGCGCUGUCUCCAGCCGCUGUACCGCUCCCCCAUCACACGCUGUACCAGCUGUCAGAAGAUCAGCCCUGACGGCUGCAACAUGAAGAGGUGCACCAAGUGCUUCAAGGCCGGAUACUGCAACCAGCAGUGUCAGAAGAAACACUGGCCCACCCACAAGGCCAUCUGUAAGUACAGUCCUGAGCCCAUCGGCUGUCCCUUCAUCAUCAGCCUGCCCCAGUCCCUGGCCACCUUCACCAGGCUCUGUGAGAUGUUAGAGGCAUUUGCAAGAUACUCUGUGGAUGUCUUCCAGCCCCCCAUUCAGAAGAACACGCCUGCUUCAAGCAGCGAGUCUUCCGCACCAUCCGAGGAGCCAGCAGCCUCACCGGGCAACCAGGAGGAGAAGGUCGACGACCUGCCGACGCCCGGCAACCAACCACAGCCAAUCACAGAGCAGGAGGACAAGAGAGAGGAGACAGAUGCUGCCGACAGUGAAGAAGCGAGCACGCCGAAAGAAGGGGAACCAAAGAUGGCGGUUGUUCACGGCCAGCAGCAGGAUCCGCCGCCCGAGCGAGACAUCCUACCGUUCUUCCUCAAGCCCUGUAACGAGAGGGGUCAGGGCAAGGUCGGGCCAGACGGGGAGCGGCUACAAGAUCAAGGAAACGUCCCCUUGGACCUGUCAGACCUGACCUACCUGGCCAUGGACUGGAGAAACCAUGAGAAGUCCAAGAACUACGUCCUGGUGCAGUCCAAACAACUGGAGUAUGAAGAGGAUGAAAGUGUCCAUUCCACACCUACCUCAGAUGGCCCCAUCACCCUACAGCAGUGUCUUCAGCUGUUCACAGAGCCUGAGACACUGGCGCCUGAGGAGGCCUGGUACUGCCCCAGCUGUAAGCAGCACCGUGAGGCCACCAAACAGAUGUCCCUGUGGCGUCUGCCUCACACACUCAUCAUCCAGCUCAAACGAUUCUCCUUCCGUAACCUCAUCUGGAGGGACAAGAUCACCAAGAUGGUCCAGUUCCCUCUCACGAGUUUGGACAUGUCCGGCUACUGUGGCUCCGAUAUCGGACCGGGAGAGGCCCCGCCCAUCUACGAUCUGUACGCGACGGUCGACCACCACGGCGGCCUGCUGGGCGGACAUUACACGGCCUACGCACAGCUGCCCGACACCUCGGGAAGCUCCAAUGCCAUUGGCUGGCGCCUGUUUGACGACAGCCACGUGCGUGCCGUGCACGAGACAGAAGUGAUGAGGCCGUCUGCGUACCUCCUGUUCUACCGGCGCCGUGGGGCUGACGUCCACGCCAUCGGCCCGGAAAAACCGCUCAACGCUAACAAGGCAGAGGAAACAUCUAAUCAGGAGAGCACAGAAGACCAGGAGAUGGCCACCCCACUGUCGGCCUCCAGCAGCAGCGAAGCGCAGGACAAUAUCAGCGAUGAUGAUGAUGACGAAGAAGUACCCAUAUACGAGAAACCCUUACAGUGUACCGACCUGGAUGAGGUGGACUAAGUGCUUGGCAUUUCUGGACUUGAACACAAUCGUUUUUAAAGCAAGAGCCACACCAAAUGUAUUCGUUACUCCUCUUAUUUGCCAGUCCAUUUAAUGAAAAAAAAAAGGUCAGAGAAAAAGUCAUACAGGAUUUGUUAUGUACAUACACAAAAGAAAUUCAAAUCAGCUAAAACUGUGCUAGAAAAAGUUGUGUUUUUUUCUGGCAAACCAUUAUUGAAGCAAGUGCUAAUAUAACCAGUUUAUAUCAGUACUUAAAAAUGUAUCAGGUUCUCAGGCAUAAUAGUAGAAACAUUGCUCAGGUUUCACCUCAGGACAAAGCAACGCGAACAACUCUCUCUGGUUAAGCUUCAUAUUUUACCCCCCUCCACUAGCAGUAAGGGUCCUUUCAGUGACUAAAACUUUGCCAGAUGGCUGGACAAACUCCAUAGAUACAGCACAGUUUUUUGCAUGUUUUGUUUGUGAAAUUUGUUGUUAUUUUUUUUUCAAUCAUAUCUUAACAUUGUCCAUUAUAUUCCAGAUGGAAAAUCAAAAGUCACCCAAAUCCAGUUGUGUCAGGGUUGGACAUGUUUUUAAAAAAUUCACUGGCCCUUAAAGGGCUAGUACAUUUACAUGGUGUUUUUCACUUGCUUGAAAUUUAAACAACAUGAUAUUUAUAUGCUGCAGUCAAUAGACAUGUCCAGUCCAGUUUGGUUGUCAGGCCAAUAAGUGAUUUCCAUCCUGUGAAGGGGGAGGGGGGCUAAAUCAGGUUGAGUUAAUAACAGUAGCAAGUAGAACAGUUAUUGUUUGAGAGGUGCUUUACUUUAUAUAUGAGCUCUCGGCACUUUGUAUAUAAUGUAGUUUGGGGAGGCAUACAGCUAAAAGAAUGGGGGUUAUAGAUGUAUACAAUGUGAAAUAAUAGUUGAUAGUAGUUGGGUAUUUAUUGCACAGGUUACCAACUGUGGUUGUCUAUUUCCAUGCAUUCUGUGUGUAAUAGAAAGUAGGAAACUCUGCACAAAAUAGUUGUAUUUCCUAAAGAGUUGGAUAGAAAGAAGGAUUGUGCUAGCCUGUAUUAAGA